AAGAAGAAAAGAAGGCAGUCUUUCCAGCAGUUAUCUAUCUUUGGGGUAUUAUUGUGAUUAUUCGUAGACCCGUCAGAUUUCUACUUUCGUUUUCUGAAAUAAUCAAAAUGGCCACUCGUGGACGAAAAAAACGAGUCCCGACACAAACUAAUACUUUACACAGGUAUUUGCCCCAGAAUAUUCGGGAAAACUAUAGCUUUUGUGCGACCUUGCUGAAUGAUCUGUUAGACGAUGUUAUAAUUUCUCCAGAGAAUGUUGUUUGCCCGAUAUUAUCGGAGAUUAUAAACGAGGUUGUUAAACAUAAAAAACACGAUAUGGGGAGUGUUAGCGAAAAAACUUUGUUAGAGUGGCGAAACAAACACCCGUGGCUGGUGAUAGAAAGUGGAGUAAUGAAAUGUAAAGUAUGCACAGACAUGAAAAGUAAAUUAAAACUAAUAACUGUAUGGGCAGACGAAGGUUCUCCAAACUUUCAGUACUCCGGUAUUACGAGGCACACUGCUAGUGCAGAACACAACAAUGCGGUUAUUGCUUGUGAGCAAGAUAAACAAUUACAGACAAUAAGCAGCCAAGAAGUAAUUGCUGAUGUCAGUGAUGUCUGUGAACUUGUUGAUGAUGUUGACAAAAAAUUGUUCAAUACGGUUUAUUAUGCUGCAAAAAUGGAGAUACCCUCAAGCACCAUAAACUCCCUUCUGGAUUUACAAACCAAAAAUGGACUUAACAUCAAAUACACUAAUUUGAGCCCCGACACGGUUUCAGAAAUCCAGACUUCUAUUGAGCAUGUACUACGUGAGGGACUUGUGAAUGAUAUAAAGUCAUCUCCUGUUUUCGCCAUGAUGUUGGAUGAAAGUACAGAUCUGACUGUAGACAAGAGACUUAGUAUAUGUGUUCGAUAUAUCAAGGCAGGAGAACCCGUCACAAAUAUGCUGGUUAAUGUUCAUCUAGAAGAUGGUACUGCACACACUAUCAUGAACUGUGUAGCACAUGAAUUUGAAAGGCAUGGUAUAGACCUUGCAAACUGUACAUCAUUAGCCACGGAUGGGGCUGCUGUUAUGCUAGGUAAACAUAAGGGAGUAGGACAGCAAUUGGUCAGCAAGUACUCUCCAUUCUGUAUCCAGACACAUUGUAUGGCUCAUAGGCUAAACCUGGCAUGUACAGAUUCUAUCAAGAAAAAUGACUUUAUGAUAAAAUUCAGAGAGAAAUUCAGUUCUUUGUACUCGUUUAUAAGUGGAUCAAGUAACAGAACAUUGGCACUUAAGAAGAUUCAGGAAAUACUCGAAGAACCUGAGAUAAAGAUCAAAGAGCCUUAUUCUAUUCGCUGGUUGGGUUUGAAAAAUGCAGUUUCAGCUGUGUUCGAGUCGUUUGGGUCUGUUUUGGCAACAUUGUCAAAAUUCGCUGCAGAGAAGAAUUCUGUGGCCAAGGGACUCCUGAAGUAUUUCAGCUCAUACAAGGUUGCCCUAGCAAUUGCCUUCAUAUUGGAUGUUCAUAAUGAGCUAGCAGUACUAAGCUGUGAGUUACAGAAGAAAAAUCUUCUAUUCAGUGAAAUCAAACCAGUGAUGGAUGCAACUGUGUCCAAAUUGUCUUCUAUGGAAGCCACAGAUGGAAAGUGUUUGACAUCAAUGAAGACUGAUAUAGAGAUAACAGAUGAUGGAGCUUUCUUUUCUGGAGAAAAGCUGAAGUACCAUGAUAACAUGGGAAGUGAAUUUGCUACCGUGAGGAAAGACUACAUCAAAAGGAUGAAAAAGAACAUCAGUGACAGGUUUAGGAAAACAGACAGUGAUCACUAUAAUGACUUUUGUACUUUGUUUGAACCCCAGCAGAUAAACAUUUCCACACAGGAGGAAUGUAAUGAAGCACUCGAGUCUUUGUCCACCUUCUAUGGCUACGAGAAAACUGUGAAAGUGAUUGACGGCAACCUCAUUGAGGGACUACAAGAAACAGUGAGAGUAGUUCAGCCUCUAGUAGACCCAGCCAAGGUCCAGGAGGAAUGGCCGAGAUUUCAGGGUAUGGUGAAGGGAGCUUAUGCUGAUAUGCCCACUAAUAAACUUUGUAAGAGGGUAAUACUACUGCACAAUGACAUUAUACCCAAUAUAGCCAAGCUGGCAGCAAUAGCCCUCUGCCUGCAACCUACCAGUGUUGAGUGCGAAAGAACAUUUAGCACACAGAACAGACUCAAAUGCAAACAAAGAGCUUCCCUAGGAAAUGAAGCAUUAAACACUCUCAUGACAAUUUGUAUGCUGGGGCCAGACAUAUCAAAAUAUGAUCCCUCACCAGCUGUCAUUUACUGGCUUAGGCAAAAAAGGAGAAGGAAGCCUAGACUGCAGAGUGCAUACAAGCCAAGAGCUAAGAAACAAAAAACUUGCUGACAUGGCUUAAAUUUACUCUGGAGUUUGCAUCCUAUAAGAGUUGCAUAAUUUUGUUAAGAACUAGGUAAAGCUGACAGAUAUGAGCUAAAUGUUAUAUUGAAAAAAAAACAAGACAGUUGCUACAAAUGUUGAUUUAUUUUUCGCAUAUAUGAUCAGGCAGAUCUUGAAGUGUACAAUUUAAGUG